AUGUCCAAUCUGCAGGCUGCAGCCCUGGUAACCCUCCUGGUCGUCAUCGCCAUCGGCAUCCUCCCGCACGUCGACAACUUCGCGCACAUUGGGGGAUUCCUCACCGGCUUCCUCCUGGGGUUCGUCUUCCUGAUGCGCCCGCACUACGGGUGGAUGCAGCGCUACGUCCUGCCCUCCGACGUCAAGUACACCACCAAGAAGUACCUGGCCUAUCAGUGGGCUCUGCUGGCCGUGGCUUCGGUCCUCGCUGUCGUCGGGUUCGCCGUUGGGCUGGGGAUGCUUUUCAGAGUGGACGCGAAUGACCACUGCGGGUGGUGCCACUACCUCAGCUGCGUUCCGACCUCCAGAUGGAGCUGUGGGAAGUGA